GAUCGGGGACGCGCAUCGGGAACUUCAGCCACAGCUGAACAAGCGCAGAAAGUGAACGAUAUUAAACCGGGACAGUAAGAAACCCCGCGUGAGAUACAGUAUGGUUUUCUGAGCUCCCGGGUCGUCAGCCAUGGCGCUGAUCCAGUCUCUUCCCGUGUCCACUGACCACACAGGACCAGGCCUGAUGGGAGCGAUGGGAGCCGUCAGCACCAUGAAGCCCAAUCACGUCACUUAUCCCGACCGGGACAAUAUAGAGGUCAGUACCAACUUCCGCAAGGGAACGCCGGGAUCGGGACGCCUGUUAUCCGACGCGUCACAGGCCGGCAGUCGGACCCCGUCCAGCAAGAGGAGAGGAAUCGCCUGCAGGGCGAAGGGCUUCGGGAAUCGCUCGUACUCCCAUGAGGACUUGAUACGGGACUGGAAUGAUAACCGUUUGGAUGUGGGAAUGGCUGGUGCGGACGGGCCUCCGAAACUGGUUCCUGUGUCGGGACAGUUGGAACGGAAUGCUCAGCAGGCCAUAAUCAGACCCACUGCCUUCAAACCCGUCAUUCCCAGGAGCCGGAACGCCGCGCAGUUCCUGUCUCCGCGACCCGGCGCCGGUCUCUCGGGAAGCCAAGGAAACCUCAGCAGGUUUUCUCCGGAAGACGAGGACAUCGGCAGGACGACGGAGCGGCGCAGCUCGUACAGCGGCGCUCGCAACGGUUUGUUCAGCCAGUCUUUCACCAUGACGGAAGCGGCUCGCGACUCGUUAGCGAAUCUCCCGGCGUAUAACCAGAGCGAGGCGAGCAAACCCCACGCACACUCGAACUCCGACAGCGGGCGCUCGUCGUCCAGCAAGAGCUCGGGGUCUCUGGGAGGCCGAGGACAGAUGAUGCUGUCGGAUAUGGGAUCGGGAAGGCCUUCGCCUCCACCCGUCGAGGUCUACGAGACCAUCAUGAGGGAUCUGGAGGAGAAGCUGAGGGAGAGAGAUGAGGAGCUACAGCGACUCCGGGAAAACCUGGAUGAGAACGAAUCCGCCAUCUGUCAGGUUUACGAGGAGAGGCAGAAGCGCACUGAGCUGGAGAUAGAGGAGUUCAGACAGACGUGCGCCGCUAAGAUGCAGAAAGCGUCCCAUAAAGCUCAGCGUGAGCAUCAGCUCCUGCAGCUCCAGGUGUUUACGCUCCAGCAGGAGAAGAAGAAGCAGAACGAGGAGAUGGCGCAGAUCCUGCAGGAGCGCCAGAGACUCGAGGAGCGGUGGGACUCCUACGAGCGGGAGCACACACACCUCGGACCCAGACUCGAGGAGAGCAAGUGGGAGGUGUGCCAGAAGUCCGGUGAGAUCUCGUUGCUGAAGCAGCAGCUGAAAGACCUUCAGGCGGACCUGGCUCUGCGAGUCGGUGAACUGGUGUCGGUGCGCGGCCAACUGAGAGACGUGUGUGUGGAGCUGAAGACGUGCCAGAGUCAGCUUCAGGAGGCACACACCACCACACACACACGAACCCUGGAGCUCGAGGUGUGCGAGAACGAGCUGCAGCGCCGCAAGAGCGAGAACGAGCUCCUCAGAGAGAAGAUGAGCCGUCUGGAGGAGUCGACGUCGCACGAAAAAGAAGAUCUGAAAGCCUCCAAGCAUCAGAUCGAGCGACUCAAGGCCGAGCUCGCGUACGAACGCAAGCACGCGGCCGACCGGGACGUAGCGUUCGAGAGCGAGAGGAAGAGCUGGGAAGAGGAGAAAGAUAAAGUGAUUCGAUACCAGAAGGAGUUGCAGCAGAACUACGUGCAGAUGUACAAGAGAAACCGUGAUCUGGAGCGAUCGCUACGUGAACUAAAACUCGAGCUCGAGUCGAGAGAACAGGACGACGAGAGCAGCGGAAACGAAGUCACGUUCGACGACAUCGCUGCGACCGAGAUCUGAAAUCAUCUUUGUUUUGAGGAAGGCGUAGCGGGAAGCUAUCACGGUAAAGCUAGGUAAUCGUUACACUGGGAUUAUAAAUCGAAAAAUGAUUCUGAGAUUUUACGAAUGCAUCGCGAUUCUCUCUCGAAUCGAUUCUGAGCUUAUUUUUUAACAGUGAAUGGUCUUCCAAAGCUAGUUAAAAACUAGCCUAGAGCGCCAUCCGCUGUUAAACACUAGCCUAGAGCGCCAUCGGCUGUUAAACACUAGCCUAGAGCGCCAUCGGCUGUUAAACACUAGCCUAGAGCGCCAUCCGCUGUUAAACACUAGCCUAGAGCGCCAUCUGCUGUUAAACACUAGCCUAGAGCGCCAUCUGCUGUUAAACACUAGCCUAGAGCGCCAUCUGCUGUUAAACACUAGCCUAGAGCGCCAUCUGCUGUUAAACACUAGCCUAGAGCGCCAUCCGCUGUUAAACACUAGCCUAGAGCGCCAUCUGCAGUUAAACACUAAGCUCAGAAUCAAUUCGAGAGAGAAUGGCAAUGUAUUCGGAAAAUAUUGGAACCGAUCCACGAAUCGCGAUGAAUCGAUCCACUGUCCCGGCCUAGUGAUCGUCUACCGCCGCACUCAUUUCAGAAAUGCGCUCUGCAUAAAAUGCAAAAAACCGUUCGUAAGUUUGUUACAUUAUUUAUGUGGCCUAAAAAUACAUUUAAUGGACUCUGUGUCAAUUAUUUUCAGGCACAUGUGGAACACAGUCUGUUUGUAAACUCACAGAAGUGCACUUUUGUGUCAUUAGCCGUUUCCAACCAAAGUUGUGCGUAAGUAUCGUAGCAGGGCUGUGAAACGAUCAAUCGCAUCCAAAAUAAAUACUGGCUUACAUAAUGUGUGUGUGCUGUGUAUAAAAGCAC